AUGAAUUCCGCUCCCAGUCAAUCCUUCCGACGUCGUCUCCCCUCUCAUCGUCGUCGACUUUCUACCCCCGCUUAUCCCCGACACUGGUCCGCUACACUCUCGUUCUGUCAUCCUUUACCUCCCUCUUUAGACGCGCUAGAUCUCCCUUCGGCUUCUCCAACUCAAACAUUGGCAUCGCUACGCUUUCUUGUCCUUUCUUAUCUCGCAGAAGUCGAAUUACGGUUGUCAGACAUUAAACGGAAUCUCGAUGUCGCAUCCCAGCAUAGUGAAACCUCCACCAUUGAAGACGUGCUAGUCUCGGCUCGUACUACGCUCGAAAUGCUCGACUCAAUAAGAGCAGACGUCUGCUCCCACCUUCCCGACUUUGCACUUCCUGAUAUAACGGUAGACAACCUACGGGCUCACCUUCCGGAUCUUCCAAGAGUCACAUCGAGAUUUCCUGACUUCGACUUCGCCAAGUUUGAUAUCGAUUUCAACGAUUUCGACUUCAGAAACAAGUUAGAUGAAGCCCGGUCCCGAUUGUAUGAUUUUGACUUUCACACACAUUUUGAGUACAUCCCCACGCUCUCAGCUCACCUGCAAACCCUUCAGUCGCAUCUAUCUACCUUCGAAAUACCUCAAUUUGAACUAGCGAGCAGUGGCACACUUCAUUCUCUGCAUGUCAUGCUUUCAGAUUUGGUGGACAGCCUCCUCUCUUCGGAGCUUGUCAACGAUAUAUUAUCCUCUGCUCCCGAGAAAGGCAUCAAAUUGAAGGAUGGGUUGAAGGAGAGCCUCAGAGAAGGUGAAGAAAUGGUUGAGCAUCUUGCUGCAGAGGUAGCACACGCCGUUAAGCGGUCGCUCGCGGGUAUGAGACUGAUCGCAUACUCCGACUUACCUACCGAGUGGAAGAAUAACCCCUUUGUAACGCAGGGGUAUAGAUUCAUUCCGAUAGAACGAUGGCCUCUCAUUUUCAUGUCCCUAUUUGCUUUGCAUAACGAGACUCUCAAUAUUCACACUCAUCUUGUCCCUUUCUUUCUGUGGCUGCUUAAUAUGAUGCCUAUACCCAACUCGUUCAAGAUCCCAGCUAUACCCUUCGUCUUCGACCAAGCGUUGGCAGAAACAGAUCUUCCGGAGAUACUGUUCAUGUCUUUCGCCCUUUUGUGUCUGUUUUCCAGUGCGGUUUGGCACACAAUGUCCGGAUGCGCGCACCUGGUCAGCAUGGAAUUUUGCGCCAGAGUAGAUUAUGUUGGUAUCGGAUGGCUAAUUUCAGCCUCGGUGGGCACGGUUGUUCAUUUCGGGUUCCAAGAUUGCCAUCCGAUUCUUCACAAGGCUUUUCUUGCACUCUGCUUUGCAACGGGCCUUGCAGGCAAUAUAUUUCCGUUCAUGGAGUGGUUUAAUGACCUCGAGUAUAGGAUUUUUAGAGUCGGGUUUUUCCUUUCGCUCGCGUUUUCAUCUCUUGCACCUCUUGCUGCAAUCGCUAUGACCAAUUCGUUUAGGGAGAUGAUCAGCUACAUGGCACCAGUGGCCCCAUCAUUGUUAUCGUAUAUCAUAGGUCUGUUGUUCUACGUAACCCACGUUCCUGAGCGAUGGAUGUCUGAGAAAUGGAGGCAUAGAAUGGAUAUGUUCGGUGGAGGCUCACAUUGCAUAUGGCACUGCUUUAUUGUCCUCGCCGUUAGCCAACACAAAGCUGCUAUCAAAUCUUUGAGGGAGGGGAUUGUCUGUUACGCGUAA